AUGACUGUAGUAUUACAGCAUUCCUGCAAUGUUUGCUCUCUCUUCAUGCUCACGAUGAUCAUGGUGACGCUGACAAUGACUUCAGUAGUACAAGCAGCAGCAGCAACAGCGGACAAUAGCCAAUACAUGUAUCUCAAAAUGGAACCCACAGCACGAUAUCCCGUGCAAGAAGUCCGAUUGGACGAUGUCACGCAAACCCAUGAAACGACCCUUAAAGACGGCAAGGCUCACAAAGAACCUGAUUUUUUGAGUCCAAAUUAUGCCAAGCCAAAAGUUGUUGAAUAUUAUGCCCAUUGGUGUCCCCAUUGCAUUCAUUUCAAGCCACAAUACAUUCAAUUUGCCCGCAAAAUGAAAUCCAUUGCUCCUCAAGUAAAUGUCUUUGCCGUCAGUUGUGUGCCUUGGGAUGUCAUUUGUCGGGAUCAAGGGGUUACUGGAUAUCCCACUGUCCUACUAUACGAAGCCAAUUCGGUCAAUGGAACAGUCAUUCAACGCAACAAUUUGCAUCCCCUCACAGUCUUGAGAAAAUUGGGAAUGACUGUGUCGACGUCAAAUAAUGUCAACGAGGACAAAGUUCCGAAACUAGAACAACCACAGCAUUUUGCUUCUGUCCAGGUACAACAGGAACAGCAGCAGCAGCAGCAGCAACAGGAACAGGAACAGCAGCAGCAUGAUCACCAUAAGGUUGCUGCUCACCAUUUUAUGCACAAAUCGCAACAAGAAGCCUACAAUGAUGCUCACUUGUCGUUGGAUUUUGCACUCCGCAAUGGCGUCUUUGUGACCAACAACAAGUUACCGACUCUAGUCAAGACGGCCUUGCAAGAGUUCUUGGUCGUGGUCCAAAAGACCUUUCCACCGACGGCUCCCUUGCAACCGCUUGUGGAGCACUUGAUCAAUGAUUUCAAUGAUAUCUUUAGCAACAACGAAGAGGAAUUGGAAACGGUCCUGAAUCAAUUUGCUACUGUAAGCAAACCACCCUCAUCGACUUGGAGUCCAGCUUGUAUGCAACAUGGCACGGGAUAUACCUGUGGUCUCUGGCAACUCUUUCAUAUCAUUACCAUUGGAGCCAUUGAAUGGAAUCAAAUGUCAUCCCAAAAAAGUCAACAAUUGACUACAAUGCAUGUGGCGGACUCGAUUCGAGGCUUUGUGCAACACUUUUUUCAAUGCGAAGAAUGUCGGAUGCACUUUUUGCACGAAUACGAUUCCUGUAGUUAUGAUCGUUGCAAUCGAUUGACGGAUACCAAAAUGGAGCUUAUUAUUGGUGCCGAUUCUGCCGACUUGUUGCUAUCCAAAUGGCAGGAAUUGCCAUUGUGGUUGUAUGAAACGCACAAUGGUGUCAAUGCACGACUUCGCAAAGAACGAUUGACUGCCGAACAACCUGAACAAGUCGAAGAUACGACUCCGCAAGAAGUCUUGUGGCCACCCCAGGAAUGGUGUUCGAGUUGUUGGUUGGGAGAAGGGAGAUGGGAAGAUCAUAAAAUCUAUGAAUUUCUUAGGGCGCAAUAUUGGCCGGGAGUCACCUUUGAUGACACCCUCAAUAACAAUAAUGGUGGUGGCAACCAACAAUAUCAUCAUGACCAAGAUGGUGGCAAUAAUGGUUUGGAAGCAGUGCAUGCCUCUGCUACCACAAAAGAUGAGUACGAGCCGCACCAUGAGGAACAAAGGCGGCAGCAGUGGCAACAGGAACGACAAAAUAAAUAUGAUGAUGACGAGGAGGAACCCUUGCCACUUUGGAAGAGACUAGUAGCUGCCUCGGCCAUUGUCAUGGUACUAGUCAUGGCUUCGAUUGCUUGGUAUCGAAAGAUACAAUUUGAUCGAAGAGGAUAUCUGAAAAAGAAUGAAUCCUUUGAACCAUAA